GUACUAUGAAGGCAAAAAAAGGGGGCGGGGCUUGUUAGGGAACAAGAUGUCUUCUUCAUGUUCUUGUCUGCUCCUGCUCGCCUCUUUGAUCUCCAUCGCUGCUGCUGAUACUAAUGAGAUUACAGUAAACCUGGACACUGUGCAGUGUGUGGUGAGUGAUCAGUUCCUCUCUGUCACCAUUGACGCAGGAUCAGUGGGUAGAGGAGAAUGGACAAAAUUUGACUUCACUACUUCCAAGAUGCUCAACCUUGCACAAGCUCUGCGCCCUACAAUGCUGAGAAUAGGUGGAACAUCACAAGAUUAUCUAAUUUUUCAGAAAAAUCAGAGCAGAAAUGAGUUACCACAAGAAGACAAGAGCCCCAUGGCUAAUUUCAAUAUGACGAUUGAAGAUUGGUUCGCCAUCACCCAGUUUGUAUAUGAUAUAGCUGGCUGGGACUUUAUUUUUGGACUAAAUGUUCUCCUGCGUAAUAAAGAUGGCUCCUGGGACAGCAGCAAUGCCAGAGAUCUGUUGAAGUACUCUGCAGAAAAAGCACAACUCGUUAACUGGGAACUGGGAAAUGAACCAGAUUUAUUUUCUGAGAAUAUCAGUGUGAAAGCAGAGCAGCUGGCAAUGGAUUUCAAGACCCUUAAAGAUCUACUGGUUGAAUUACAAAUCUCACCACAAUACAUUGGCGGCCCUGACGUAGCUACUCUGAAUCGAGGUGCCUUCUUUACCAGCUUUCUGUCACAUGUGGACCCAAGUGCUAUCCAAGCAGUUACAUGGCAUCAUUACUAUCUAAAUGGAGCCAAAGCUGUGUUGCCAGACAUGUUCAAUGUUGCUGUACUAGACUCGUUCAUCAAUGAAGCCAAAGAAGCUAAGAGCUACGCAUUUAAAUAUCUCCCCAAGGCUGAGCUAUGGCUUGGAGAGACAUCCAGUUGUUAUGGAGGUGGUACACCAGUUCUGUCAAGCAGCUUUGUAUCAGGAUUCAUGUGGUUGGACAAGCUUGGUGUGGCUGCCCUCACCAACACCUCCAGAGUGUUCAGGCAAGACUAUAUUGGAGGUUCCUACUCUCUUCUGGACUCCUCCUUCAACCCAUUACCAGACUACUGGUUGUCAGUGCUGCACAAGAGGUUGGUGGGAGUGAAUGUAUUGAAUGUUAGUGGAGCACUGGACCAUGGGAGACAUGUCAGGGUCUACGCACACUGCGCUAGGCAACCAGCGUACCCGUCUGGAGAUGUGGUUCUGCUUGUCCUGAAUCUCCACACGUAUGACACGACUGCCACUCUCAUGUCCCCCUCCCUGGCAGCUGCUCCGAGAGAUGUCUACUGGCUCUCUCCCCCGGGAAACACCACCAACGUACUCAGCAAGGAGGUGGCUCUGAACGGAGUGGUCUUGUCACUGAACAACGAUAGCCUCCCUGACCUGCCCCCUCUCCAGCAGUCAGCCACACCCACCUUACACCUCCCAGCACUCUCGUUCGGGUUCUACGUCUUUAAAGACACCAAAGCAAAGGCUUGUAUGUGAUCAAGUGCUGCAACUUUAUACUUUUUUUUUGCUAUGAUAGAGGACAAACACUUUAAUUGUUUUGUACACAUCUUGGACAUUUUGGAAAUUUGAGAAUGACUAUUAUUUUAAUUACA